CGCUGCCCGCCCCGCGCGGAGCCGCCGGCGACGCGAGUCGGGGCCGGGCCGAGCCGAGCCGCUGCGGGAGCUGCUGCGGGAGCCGCCGCGCGCCAUGGGCACGGGGCGCGGGGGGAUGCGCUGCAUCAAGAUCCUGCUGUGCAUCUUCAACACCACCUUCUGGCUGGCAGGACUGGCUGUUAUUGCCUUUGGGCUGUGGCUGCGAUUUGGUGGGGUUAUGGCAGACAUUGCUUCAGACAAAAGGUCUCCAGAGUAUUUCUUCAUGGGACUCUAUGUGCUGGUGGGAGCCGGAGCUCUCAUGACCACAGUUGGAUUUUUUGGGUGCUGUGGAGCAGCGCGGGAGUCUCAGUGCUUACUUGGAGCAUUCUUUGCUUGCUUGUUGGUGAUAUUUGCAGCCGAGAUCACUGCUGGAGUGUUUGCCUUUAUAGGCAAGAAAGUGGCAAUACAGGAAGCCCAGAAGAUCUAUGAAGACAUUUAUGAUGACUAUAUGAAAAAUCCGGGGGGGAAGGUCAACAGGACUAUCUAUCACUUACACAUGGCUCUCCAAUGUUGUGGUAAAGAUGGUAUAGAACAACAAAUGGGACUACCCUGCCCAGAGAACAUCCAGCUGCCAAAGAGCUGCCUGGUUGAGAUCCAGAAAGUAAUUGAUGCUAAUCUGCAUUUAGUCGGAAUUGUUGGAAUUGCAAUUGCUGGCAUCACAAUCUUUGGCAUGAUAUUCAGCAUGGUUCUGUGCUGUGCGAUCCGUAACACAAGAGACAUGAUCUAAAACUGUCACUGCACAACUGUGUCCCAGGAGUUCCAGACUAAGCUUACAAGAAGUGUUCUACCCAAUUUAAUAAUUGUAAUACAUUUUAAUCAGUGUUUUAACAUAAUGAGGGUAAAUAUCCCAUUAGAGGAGCAGGUGGAUUGUAUUAGUUACAGUAAAACAGAAGUGAACAAAAAAGGGGUUUUAAAUGUACUUUGUAAUGAAGAAAAGCAAAGGUGCAUCUAUGACUAAUUGUUAAUGUUUGUAUAUGUGCAAUUAAGAGUUUACACAUCAAUAGACAUGGUGUAAGCA